AUGUCUGUGGGCGUCGCCAUCAUUGGAAGUGGAAUAUUUGCACGGGAAGAACAUCUACCCGGCAUUCAAGAUGCGAAAGGCCUUGAAUUAAAGGCCAUCUAUUCGCGAUCGCUCAAGUCGGCACAGAAUCUGGCAUCGGGUGUUGCGGGAGUCGACCUGUAUUCCGAUGACUCAAGCCCUGGUAAAAGCUACAGCGACCUACUGACACGCCAGGAUAUUGCGGCGGUCAUUAUUGCGCUCCCCAUCCUCGUUCAGCCAGCCUUUAUUCGACAGGCCAUAGCAGCCGGAAAGCAUGUCCUCUCGGAGAAACCGAUCGCCAAGGACAUGGCUACGGCGCAAGACCUGCUGAGUUGGUAUGAGGCCAAUGUUGGCCGCACAAAGACGCUGUGGGCUGUGGCAGAGAACUUUCGCUACAUGGGUAAAUUUGUGCGAGCGGCCGAGGAAGUGCGCAAGCUGGGCGGGAUCAAGAAUUUCCGCGUCAACGUGCGCAACUUGGUCAAGACAGACUCGAAGUAUUACAAAACGGAAUGGCGCCAAACGCCCGCAUAUCAGGGCGGUUUCGUCCUCGACGGUGGCAUUCACAUAGUGGCUGGCCUGCGACUGAUUCUUGGCUCGAAAGAUCCCCUUGCUACACUGUCGGCACAGUCGUGCCUGCAACAACAGCACCUUGCUCCUGUGGACACGGUAGAUGCCGUGGUUCGGACGCAAUCGGGCGCAACGGGAGUAGUAUCACUAUCGUAUGGGUCGGUGUUUAACGAGUCGACAUUUGAAUUCACCUGCGCUGAGGGCGUGGUGAUGCUGAACGGGGAUCGAAUAAUGGUCAACGGAGAUGGAUAUGAGAUCCCAUUCGAGGGCCGCGGCGUCAGCAGGGAGAUCGAGGAGUUCGGGAGAUGCAUUGUCGAAGACACGGGUAUUGCCCAGUCAUUGCGACCGGAAGAAGCGCUUGCAGAUCUGGAGCGAGCCACUAGCGCCGAGUCGGCCCAACCUCAGCGACGAUUUCUGAGACUGAAUUCGAAUCGUCACGACAACUCUGAGCGCCAGCCACGGACCUACGACACCGACAAGAUGGUCCUCGCAAAGAAGCACGUCCCCAUCGUCAAGAAGCGCACCAAGCGUUUCUGGCGCCACCAGUCCGACCGCUUCAAGUGCGUGCCGGAGUCAUGGCGCAAGCCCAAGGGUAUCGACAACCGCGUCCGUAGACGCUUCAAGAGCAACAUUCCCAUGCCCUCGAUCGGUUACGGCAGCAACAAGAAGACCCGCCACAUGAUGCCCUCGGGUCACAAGGCCUUCCUCGUCCACAACCCCAAGGACGUUGAGCUCCUUCUCAUGCACAACCGCACCUACGCCGCUGAGAUCGGCCACGCCGUCUCCUCCCGCAAGCGUGUCGAUAUCAUCGCCAAGGCCAAGGCUCUUGGUGUCAAGGUCACCAACCCUCGUGGCCGUGUCACCACCGAGGCUUAA